CAUGGGGAAUUGUGUUCGAUAUGGACAAAAUCAGACGGCUCAGAACCGGUUCGAAAGAGUUUUACUACAAAAUUCAAACCAACAGUAGUGCCGUGUCGGUGUUGUUUAGCAGACCCAAACGCAAAGGAGCCGGCGUGACUCUGUCUGAAAUCAAAGCAAAGUACGAAAAGCCAGUCAGCAAAGGCGGUUACAAGUAUGAAUCAGGAAUUGAUCCCGGCCAGAAAACAAAAAUGGCCUGCGUGCGUCGGACUCUCGCUACUGGAAACCAACAUCAAAUUAUCGAGUAUUCAAUAUCACUGGGGUGCGCGACAAGGAAUGCGCGACAAACAGGCAAAGAAAAUGACCAGAAAGUACGUGCUCAAAGAACAGCGCGACUUGGAAAGCUAUCCGAUCGCAUCCGUAUCGCCGCGAGGAUCACAAUGGAAAUCAUUCAUUAAGCACAAAAUCAAAAUGCUGACAGAUUCAUUGGCUACAUACGCAAGAAGAAAAUAUGCACAGCUAUCGUUGCACAAGUACAUCGAGUCUAAUCGCGAAAUGGAUUUGAUGGCUAAACACAUAACAAAGAAUGAGACAGGAGUUGUGUUCCUUGGUGAUGCGGCGUUCCCAUCAAAUUCGAAAAUCGGUGUGAAAAGAACAAAACGAACACCGGAUCAGCGAAAGUUCAUAGUUAGCCUAAAAAAGAACGGCAAAACGGAUGUUGUGCUUACACCAGAGCCGUAUACAUCACAAACCUGUGCCAAUUGCUUGCGGCGAUUUCCAAGAAGCACAAAAAGUGACCGAUUCAAAGUAUGCAAAGAUUGUCGCCCACACAAGGAUGUGAGACUCCCACCGGUUAUCGUGACUGAUCGAAGCAGACGGCGCAAGCAACGUGAUCGAAAACAAAAUGCCAGCCAAAAGCCAACAGCAAAUGUAACUAGAGCCGAAAGAGCUGAGAAGCACCGGGAAGAGCGUCGAAGUGAGCGUGAAAGCCACAAUCCAGAGCAAUUGGAUACCGAAGAGGCAGUGAGACGGUACAAUCGACGCAUACGACGGCGUGAACUACGUCAACGACGUCGAGUUGCAGGCCAUCGCAGCCGUAAAGUAACCAAACAGCCGGAAGCGGAAUCCGAUUUGCCGGGUUUUGAUAAAAUUGGUGACACAAGUAUUUGCAAGAUUCGUAUCAAAAAUCGUAAGGCCAAACCACAAUUAUGGCAGCGAAUACAUUACGAUGCAACUGAUAAAGGAAUUGGGGAUUUGGGGUCAAAGAAAAUAUUCUUCCAGAAAAAAUGGCACUCAAGCCCAAUGAAUGAUCAGAACGCUUUUACUGUUACUUGGCAUCGUGACAUCUGUGCGGCGAAGUGCAUCUUGUACAGAGGCCGUUGUAUGGUUUUCGACUUGAAUGUGCACGAAUCAUUUGUGUUACCACCAGAAAGGAUAUGGCCAAAAUGUCGAGAUGACCAAUCGAGAUGGCCAAUCAAAUGCUGUCGAUGAUAAGUAGAGCGUAGAUUAAGAGGAUAAAAUAAAACAUUAACGAUUAGUUAAUUUCAAAGCUUGAUUUUUGUGGCUUUGUACAUUAAAAUGUGUGUGCAAAUACACGAUGUAAUACGGCUUAAGCCCGUAGGUAAGUUGUUGUAUGUAAGAUUUUCUCAGUCAGUUGGUCAAUUUUAAUAUCCACACCAAUAUUUACCAAAGUCAUAAAUGGACCUAGUUCAAGAGAAGCGUACAGUUGGA